AUGCUACAACAGCGGCUGCAGCUCUCUGCAGUUCGCAGAGGCCUGCAGGCUCUUUCAUUCAACAAGCCGGCUGUUCGCUUUGCUUCUGGCCAGGCCAACAACAGAGAGGCGCAAACGGAGCCAACAGCCGGGAACGACGAAGCCUCCCGGAGGGCCAAGGGAGGUCUUUUCCUGCGAACCUAUAAGCCUCGCACACCCGGUGUCCGUCACUUGAAACGACCCAUUAACGAUCACUUGUGGAAGGGGCGGCCCUACCUGCCACUGACGGUCCCCAAAAAAGGACAGUCAAGAGGUGGGCGUAACUCUACGGGAAGGAUAACGGUGCGCCACCGUGGAGGAGGUGCGAAACGGAGAUUGCGCAAUGUCGACUUUGAGCGCAAGGUUCCUGGGCCUCAUCUGGUGGACCGAAUCGAAUACGACCCAGGCCGCAGCGCGCACAUUGCGUUGCUGACCGAGAAGGCCACUGGCAAAAAGUCAUACAUCCUUGCCGCAGACGGACUGAGGGCUGGCGACGUUGUGCACAGCUAUCGUGCCGGCAUUCCGGCGAAGCUCCUGGCCAGCAUGGGAGGCAUUGUCGACCCCGGUAUCCUGGCGUCCAAAACAGCUUUCAAGGGCAACUGCUUGCCGCUGCACAUGGUGCCGGUUGGCACGACGGUGUUUGCAGUUGGCUCUUCUGCCUCUCGCGGCGCUGUGUUCUGCCGCAGCGCAGGGACCCACGCUGUCGUCGUCAACAAGAACGAAGAGACGCGGGAUGACGGCAGCAAAGUCAUGACCGGCAAAUAUGUGGAAGUCCGUCUGCAGAGUGGCGAGGUUCGCCGCGUCAGCAAAGAUGCCUGUGCUACUAUUGGUGUUGCGAGUAACAUCCAUCAUGGGUACCGCCAAUUGGGCAAGGCUGGUCGCAGCCGAUGGCUUGGUAUCCGUCCCACGGUUCGUGGUGUGGCGAUGAACAAGGGUGAGACACUGAUGUUCCUCGUUUGGAUACAUGAGUUUGCUGACAAGCUGCAGUCGAUCAUCCCCACGGUGGUGGUCGUGACCAAGUCAGGCUACAAGACCCGCCGCAGGCACAACGUCAACGCCUUUGUGGUCACUCCCCGUCCUCGCAACCACGGCAAGAGACGAUCCAACAAGGCUUAG